CGCCCAUCUUACAUAUACAUCUGUAACGUGAAUCAAAGCUCCAUUCCGAAUCCGAAUUCCAGACGUCUCAAAUAAGCUAUCUCGAAAAAUUGAAAAGGAAACUGAAACUGAAACGGCAUGACUGACGACGUUGAUGACCAAAAUAAAGUCAACCAGAGUUAUCACUUUAAAUGGGACGAUUAUCAGAAUCACCUGUCCGAUGUCGUACGGCAGCUCCUGGAGGAGGAUUGCAUGAUAGACGUCACCCUCUCCGCGGCUGGUCAACGUAUACAUGCGCAUCGCAUCGUACUGUGUGCAUGCAGCACUUUGUUUCAAGAAGUUCUUAGUCAAGUGACAGAAGAUUGUCCAACGAUUAUUCUGAGCGAUAUAUCUCCUCAAGAUAUCAAAUCAAUUAUUGAAUUCAUUUAUCACGGUGAGGUUCGAAUUCCUGUGGAUAAUAUUAAUAGUUUACUGGAGGCUGCACAGUCCUUAAAGAUAAGCGGUCUUGUCGAUAUAAAUGGAUUUGAAGAAAAAUCUAAUAAAAGUACAACAGAUUCUACAGAAGAAAUUGUGGAAGAAAUAGAUCAAAUUGAAGAAAAUGCUGAAGAAAAUGUUGAAUAUUUAGAGGAUGAUUUGCUUGAAGAAAGUACUAUUGAAAAUUGUACUUCAAAUAAAAAGAAGAAACGUCGCCGCGAGACUGCAAAGAGAGAUUACAGCGAUGACAUGUUGGCUUCUGCAAUUAAUGAUUUAAAAUUAGGACAGACUUUAAUAGAAGCUGCUACCAAGCACAAUAUACCACGCUCGACAUUAUAUAUGCGGGCAAAAGCAUUAGGCAUACAUUUAAAUGCAUCGAGAAACGGAUAUCCUGAAGAAUGUAUGAAUGCAGCAAUAACUUCUGUAAUCAGCGGUGCAAGCUUACAACAUGCAUCAGAAAUGUUUAGAAUUCCUAAAACUGUGUUAUGGAGACGUAUACAAAAAGAGGGUUAUCAGAUCUUACGUCCUGAAACAAAAAGAUCGUAUGCUUUAGAUACACGAGAGGCUGCUGUUAAAGCUUUAGAAAGAGGAGAGAAUCUGACAAAAGUUGCAUUAGAAUUUAAAAUACCAAAGACUACAUUGUUUAGGGACAAAGCACGACUGGUAGAUCAAGGUAAAUUGCCUUUGUCAUUUUGGAAGAAACGCAAAACAGAAAAUGAGGAAUUGAAAAAAUCACGAUUAGAAGAGGCUGUGGCUGCUUGCAAGGGUGGUAAAAUGUCGCAAGCUGCAGCGUCUAUGACAUAUCGUAUUCCCAAAACUACAAUAUGGCGAAGGCUUCAGCAAGAAGGAAAAAAGGAAAAGAAGAGAGAGAGAAAGUGAGUCCUCCUACAAAAAGCGUGUUUGCUAGAAAGGGAAGAGGUCCCGUGUGCCAUCCCGGAGAAGCGGGAUACGCCAGGAUCAGCCAGAAUUUUUACUCGGUCUCCGCACUCGCGAGCGACCGCGACCUGCCCCGGUUGGGAACGCCAAGCGGGAAAAAUUGCGUACAUCUCGCGGGAGGACAUGCCGGACAGCGGGGCCGUCUACCAGCCGACGACGGUGGGCUACACGUAUGACAGCGGCGGUGACGGCACCGGUGGCGGCGGGGGCGGCGGGCUGAUGAGGCACGGCUUCUGGCGCAUCAUGUCCAGGCACAAGCUUAGCUCCAGGAAGUGGCUCGAGUGGAUGCUGCUCUCGGUCGCUCUCUGCUUCUUCGUCGCCGGCCUCACGACGAUGCUCAUCAACCUCGUCGCUGCGAACAGCUCCUCGCAAACGAAUCCCGUGCAGGAGGUAAAGCCAGGAGGACAUGUAACAAAUGUACAUCAACCAGUGGAGGAUGCGGGAAAUGGUUCCGUAGGAUUGGGUGCAGGAAUGAUGCUGGUCGGGGUGCUCCUCGGUUUAAUUUUGGUAUGGCUCACUUUCUUCCGCCGUAACAAAUCGCCGAGGAACGCCAUGACGGGCAGCAGUGGUCAGAUGUUGGGCGGUUUGAAUCCAUCGACUGACUUGCUGGUGGGUUCCACUUCGCAGUACGGGCCAGUACUCACAGAGGUGCCGAGUCAGAUGAAGAUGAAGCAAGCCGGCUCGCACGACGCGCCGUCAGUGCCGCUUUCCGAUCAAGAGGAGGAAACGCACACGCUAAUGCAGGAUUCAGCGAGUCCGCCGUCCGUAUCCGUUGGAUCUAGCACCAUUGCUAAUCAGAUUCAAGGUUGAGUAGAGCGAUCGGUCGUUUUCGCGCGCAAAAUUAGCGCGAAUUUCUUUCUUCGAUUGUAUGAUAAAUCUUAAUCGCGUUCCCGAAUGAGUUUAUUAUAACUUUAGCGAUUUUGUGCAAAUCGCCUCGUUUUAUUUACCAUCGGGUGUCGUCUCUCUGUCUUUCUGACGUCUUUUCGAGUCGUUGACACCGAUCUUGUGAUUUUUUUAUAAUUUUAUGCCAUUUGAAAAACAUAUUUCUUCGUAUUUUUAAUUUGCCCGAAUUUUACUUACAUUUUGUAGCAUAGAAAUUCUUAUUUGAAUAGGCACAUGCGCGCGAUUUAAAAGAUCUCAUUUAUAGGGUAUUUAGAGUAUUUGGUACUUAAUCCUCUCUGUUUUUUGCCUACACAUUCCUCCACUCCGUCCACUACCAUCAUUAAUAUGUUAAGUGGGCAUUGGAUCCAGAUAGAAAAAAAAAUACGCGAUGCACGAAUUGUAUUGUGAAACUGUUGCAUUAUGACUGUUUUUUCGUGAGAUUGAUGAUUUUAACGAUAAUUUUUAUAUCGAAAGCACACAUUUUAAACUUACUAUAUGUAUAAAAUAUAUUUCUUUUUAACUUACAUUUAUAUAUUAUUAAAAGCAAAUAUAGUUAUUAACUCUAUAUUCUAUAUACAUAUAUUUUGGGUAAAUUUGCACUUCAAUUAUUAUGCCUUGAUUUGACGCGCUUGUAAUUAUACACAUAACAUAUAUUUAAGUAUUAAAUUAAGUAACAGUAACAGCAAUCAUCAUUGACAAUAUAUACUGUAAAUUAAACAUCACACAUUGGUAUAUAUACAUUAAGUCAAUAAUUGUUACUGUAUUUAAUACAUAUACAAAACGAUUAUGUACAUAUUAGUAUAGUGUGUAUAAAAAGUAAGAUAUGGACUGCAACCUUAAAAGAUGGUUGAUUUAAAAUAUGCUGUAAUGCACAAUUUCUCUAUUAUUUGCAUUUGUUUUGUGUUUAAUUUAUAUUCUAUGUAUAAUUUUAUAUCGCACAUAAUUUUAUUGCAAAAUGAUCUUGUACAAUGGAUAUAUUCACUUUAAUGGAAUAUGUAUUGCACUAA